AUGACGAACGACGCCGCGGGGCCAGCGCCGCAGGCAGCAUCGGCCAUGACACUGGAAAACUACACUUUUCCUGCACACCGGCUUCUGCGACGGCAAACCGAUCCUGAACGCACUCCGCUAGUGCUUGUCGCUUGCGGCAGUUUCUCCCCCAUCACAUAUCUCCAUCUCCGAAUGUUUGAGAUGGCCAACGAUUACGCCCGCAUAAAUACUCAGUAUGAGGUUGUCGGAGGCUACUUAUCACCGGUGAGCGACGCUUACAAGAAAGCUGGAUUGGCAGAAGUGCGCAUGUGCGAAUUAGCAGCCGAAGAAACUUCAAGUUGGCUGAUGGUUGAUCCGUGGGAGGCUCUUCAGCCCGACUAUAUGCCAACUGCCAAAGUGUUAGACCACUUCGAGUACGAAAUUAACCAAGCCGGCAAUGGCGUUCUGGCUGCAGAUGGCGAAACUCGAAGGCCAGUCAAGAUCAUGCUACUAGCAGGCGCAGACCUAAUCGGCACCAUGUCUACGCCUGGCGUCUGGGCUGAGAAAGAUCUUGACCACAUCUUAGGCAAUUAUGGAGCCAUGAUCGUCGAAAGAGACGGAACGGACAUGGACGAAGCUCUAGCCAAUCUGAAGCAGUGGGAAGACAAUAUUCACGUCAUCGCACAAAUGAUACAAAAUAAUGUGAGCAGUACUAAGAUUAGGUUAUUCCUUAGGCGAGACAUGAGCGUACAAUAUUUGAUUCCAGCAUCUGUCAUCCAGUAUAUCGAUCAAAACAGACUUUACACGGAUGAUGGCGAGGGGAAGUCCAAGGAGAAAGACAAGCAGCGAGCAACAAACUGA